AUGAGUAUAUGGUCAUUGUGGGUACUUGAUUUGGUUGGUAUAUUAUGUACCUCAAGGAUCGAAAAAAUAAUAGAAGAGGUAAAGAAAAGGUACGAAAAAGCUCUUUCUCAUGAACUUAGCGGCGCUGAACUUGAAAUCAUAAGAGAAACAAUAGAAGAAGUUGUUGGUUUAGAUACAAAAGUACUAAUUCCAUUUGUUUUUCACGGCAGAAGGCUUGUGAUAUCUCCAGUUACAAGACAUCAGGACAUAGAGCAAGGAGAAAGGGAAUAUGUCGAAAAGGUCGUUAAAAUGCUUCCAAUAUUAGUAUGGAACUCGAUAACAUGCAUAUAUGUGCCGGGAGAUAGCGAUUGGACUAUAGAUUUAAUGAAUGAAAUUUUCAAAACAACUUCUUUCGAAGGUUUUGAUCCUGUUACUCUCUACAAGAGAACUAGAGGGAAGUGUGGAAUGAGGUUUACAGACGUGGUGAUGAGGACAUUUCGGCAUAAUAUCGGCAUGUUGAAUAGGUUUGGGCAGCGGCUUGCCCAGGAAGCAGGGGCAAAGAUUCAAGAGAUAUCAAGCUCUCUAUCUGAUGAGGAGAAGAGGAAAGAAGAGAAGAUGCUUCAGAUAAUCAAGGAGUAUGGAGAAAGCUUGUGUACCAAGGAAAAGCAAGAGGAGAUAAUCAAGGCACAGGAAAUUGUGUGUGAUGCAUGUACAUACAUCUGGAGGAGACCAGAGGAUAGAGCGAGUUUUCUUAUAGAGGCAUAUUCAAGGUAUCUGCAUUCAAAAACGGUGGAAGUAUCGAAACACGGUGAUAUAGACGAGCCGUUAUUUGAUUAUGUGGACCAUUGCAGCCUGGUAAGCACAUAUGAGAAAUACAAAAGCAUGGAUAUCGUGGGAGAAUUAUUUUUGCGAGUAUUUUUGGAAGGUAAGGAUAUCAAUGAUGAAAGUGUUAACGAUACUGUAUGCGGGGUUAGGGAGAGGGAAGAGGCAGAAAAGAUGAGAGGGGAGGAGGAAAGAAGGAAAAAAGAGGAGGAAAGCCUUAGGAAUGCUUUGGAGCUGCUUCGGAUGGAGGAGAAGGAAAAGAGCAAAGGCAAAGGGAAGAAGAAGAAAGGAGGCAAGAAAGGGUCUGGCGAAGUCACGGCGAAGAUGGAAGAGGAGAAGAAAGAUUCUGAAGAGGUUGAGGAGAGUGCAGAAGCAGAAGUUUCCUUGGAAGAGAUGGCAGUUGGAGGAGCCCGAAGUAAGGAGAGGAGUUCGAAAAAAAAGAGUAGAAGCAAAGGACAUCGUUACAAGGUGCACAAGAGGGUUCUCCGGUGGACGAAGAGUGCCGAGAGGAUCAAGGCAGAGUUGGAUGAGGGAAGUGAGGAGAAGUGGAGAAAUAAAUCGAUUGAGGAGAUCGAGGAGCAGAAGAAGGUACAUGAUAUAAUAGAGGUUUGCGUGCUUCUCAGGAGCUUGGAUGCCAACAGGUUUUUUGUAAGCACAAAUAGAUAUAUGAAGGACGGGACCGAGAGAUGGAAGAUGGUGGGGGUUGGGAUAUUUGAGGAGGGUGGAGAGAAGAAAGUGGGGAAGGUGGAGGUUGGGCUUUAUAGGGACAAGGGAGAAGGGAGUGUGAUCUACCACCUGAUGUUCAAGGCCAUGGACACUGAGAAGGCGGGAAAGGGCGCAAGGUCCUCGUUUGGGAAGGGAGACGAUGUGGAAGGGCUAGAAGAGGGGGCAGGAGAGCUCUCUGACAUGUCUGGGUUUGAGUAUCCAAAGGGUGUCCGAUCUGAAAUAGUGAAGGGCGGAGAUGCCUUUAAGAUAGUGUAUCGGAAUCCCAAGGACACCAGCGAGGUUCUCCGGAGUCUUACUGUUCUACAGAAGGCGGAGGUUCUGUGA